GAGGUCACCGGAGGGCGGCGUCUUUCAAAAAUGACACUGAAGUCACUUUUCAUUUUAAAACAAAAUUUGCACUUAUCAUUCAAGUUGAAAAUCCGGUGACUGAAAAACGUUCACUACAAUUGUAUUUGAAACCAUGAGUACAUGAACAACAACACUGCAUCUUCAAAUUGAAUUAGUAUUGUCUGUUGAACAGGGGUGUGUAGACUUUUAAUAUCAAUUAUACCAGUCGCACAUUUCGAAUAUAACUGUUUGAGAACAGGGAAAAGCAUUUAGAUGGAACUAGUGUUGCACUGUUACGGUAUUAACUUGGCGUAAUCGUUAUCGGCGACUACAGAGAAAUAAGAUAGUGAGCUUAAUGACAAUCAGUGUUGACACUAACGGGUUAUUGUAAUCUGAUUACUUUCAUUUAGUAACGAGCAAUUGAAAUCUUUCAUUUUUUCAAACGAGUAAUCAGAUUGGUUGUCUUAGUGUCUGUGUAUAACUGUUUCAUUUCCUCAUAAUGUAUGUAGAAUGAAGACUAUUGUAGUCACGUAUAAAGAGCAUUUUGAAUAGAAAUUGUUAGGUUCCCAUUACGCGUUCGUUGCCAUGGUAACUGCUCACAGUUACGUCCUGUUUUGGAGUGGAGCGAGGGUGCACAUUUGAGCAGAGUGCAGCCAUCUGUUGAGACGUGCGAGGGAAAUUUGAUGUGUGUGCGUCCAUGAAUGGAUGUAUUUUUCUUUCAUUCUGGAGGGUUCCAGCGAUAGGUUGUGGCCGUUUCGUAGCUUUGCCGUUUCAACUACGGGCAGUCGGCGAGCACUGUUUACAUCAUAUUCGCGUUGCCAGUGUUGUCACAGAUUAUUUGAGAAAGUAAUUUAAUUACUGAUUACGCCUCAAAAAAGUAAUCUAGUUACUUUACUGAUACUUCAAAGUAACUAAGUUACUUUAAAAGUAAUCUCUCAGUUACUUUUUACCCAUUUUUCUCCCUUUGCCGCCUCAACAUAAAAAUGUCAUCACAUGUAAUUGACUUUCCGAUGAUUGAAUUUGAAGGAGUUUAUCAGAAUUUCGCGCUAGCUUAGCCACUCCGGAGCCCUGAAAUUAACAAAUAUCUGACAAACUGCUUGGAAUUUGUUGAAAUCUACUCCACUGACCAAUUAAACCCCGCUAACUCUUAAGUUUAAGCCUAAUGUCAAAACUUCUGAAUUUCGGGUUAUGGUUAACAGCAUAUCUGUGCCAAUGUAAAACAAUGCAAACUGAUGGCACAAUAAUCAACAACACACAAGUGGAUUGUACAGUGCAAUAAACACAAAGGUGUUGGCGGGCGCAGAUGCGCGUGCAGCCGUGCACAUUAACAACCCGGAAGUACUCCUCUCAACACACGCGCGGUCAAUUUGGCCACAAAACGUGGCGGCAACUAAGCACUUUACACUCAAUCGGACUUACAACACAUCCCACAGGUGCUAAACGAACAAUCACCUCACGGCAUAAAAGUACAACAUGCAUAUGGUUUAAACAAAGCUUGCCAACUUGGAGCGAUGACUGCUCGUUGUUGCUACGGCAAAGCUACGAAACGGCCGCGCAUGUAGGGGGUCCAACCUUUUGCUGAUACCCUCAAGAAUGAAGGAAAAAUACCUUCAUUAAUUGAUAUCCACAGAUCAACAUUCCCUCACAACGUCUCAACACUCGGCGCGAAUGUCCACCCGCCUCAGUCCCACAACACGUAAAGCGAGACCAAAACAGGAAAUAGUUAAGAGGUUGUCAUGGAAACUCAUACCGGGAACCUUUUACUUAAGCAUUUUCUAUUCAAAAUGCUCUUCGUACAUGACUACAAUAUUCUUCAUUCUACAUACGUUAUGAGGCAAUGAAAAAAAUUGUAAAACAGAGACACUAAGGAAACUAACUUUAAUCAGAUUACUGGUGUAGAAAAAUGAACGCGUUAGAUUACUCGUUACUGAAAAAAAUAAUCAGAUUACAGUAACGCAUUACUAACUAACGCGUUACUGACAACACUGCGCGUUGCACAUUUAUGCCGUUAGUUGUGGGAUGUGUUGUAAGUCCGAUUGAGUGUAACAUGCUUAGUUGCCAUGUUUUGUGGCCAAAUUGGCCGCGCCCGCCCCACCUUUGUGUUUAUUGCACUAUGCAAUUCAUUUGUAUGUUGUUGAUCCUUGCGCAGUCAAUUUGCAUUGCUUUACAUUGGCACUGAUAUGCUGUCAACCCAAACCCAUAAAUCCUAACCCCAAAUUCAGAAUUUUUUACGUUAGGUUUAAUCUUUGAAUUAGCGGGGUUCCAUUAGUCGGUUGAGUUGAUUUCAACAAAUUCCAUGAAGUUUGUCAGUUAUUUGUUAGUUUCCAGGCUACGGAGUGGCUAAGCUAGCACAAGUCAACGGUGGUUGAAAUCAACUCCAACUAAUUAAACCCCCGCUAACUCGAUGAUUAAGCCUUAUGUGAAAAAUUCUGAUCGUCCCCUUUAAAAUCAAUUAUCGGAAAGUCAAUUACAUGCGAUGACAUUUUUUCUGUUAUUAUGUUGAGGCAGCAAAGGGAGAAAAAUUGGUAAAAAGUAACAUUAAUUAAUUUUAAAGUAACUUAAAUUGAUAAUCAGUGAAGUAAAUGGAUUACUUUUUCAAGUAAUCUGUGACAACACUGAUGGCAAUGCAUUGACUUUAAUGGGAAUAUUGCCCCUACCAAUAUGGCCGUCUUAAGGCCAUGUUUGUAGGGGCGAUGAAAGUUCUUUUCAAAAAAUCUGUCGGAAUCAGUGCAACGCUAGCUGUAACCAACAUUAGAAGUGUAAACACAACCGUAAAUAUCACAAGUGUUAACUCGUUUACUGCCAUUGACAGCAAUAGAUGUCAAUGCCAUUCAAUUAAAUGUUACUUGGUAGCGUACGUACUACAUUUCAUCCAUAUUUAUGUUGUGUAACUGGAACAAAAGAAAAAAAACUUUCUCAACUCAAACUCAAGUCUUUUUAGUCUUUUUUUUUUUCUUCUAUUAGAUGUUCCCGUUAGCUGGCGACGCUAGCUCGGCGAUCUUAGCGUUGAGCUUCUGAUUGGUCCAGUCUCUAGUGAUGUCAUCCAGGUGGCUGUCGAAAUCCACCAAGAGGGAUUGGUCGCCUGACUCCAGCAUCUGGCUGGCAAUGGCGCGGGUCUCCUCCCAUUGCCUUAGCAUGAUUCUAAUGGCAGAAAAAUUGUCAAGUUUGGGUAACUUCCACGGAAACGCGAAUUGCGUCUUACGUGUGCUUGUCUUUGAGCGUCCAUCUUGAGUCUUUGCGCUCAUACAUCACGAUGGGAGGGACCCGAUAGUCUGGGGACAUUUUGCUCCCGUCCAGCUGAAAACAAACAUAUUUUAAUUGAAUACAAAUAUUUUUGUUUACAUGUUCAUACGAACCAUGAGAAGAACUGCGCCAUCAAACUGCUCGGCAAUCUUAUCGGCAAUUUUCAGGGCUCCUUGCGUGGGGCUGCGAAAAAGGUCCAAAGAAAAUUUCUGUAGUUGAACCACAACUGUUUCGUGAUGAACUCGUAACUCAAAUUUCACCUGCUAUCUGACACGCAGGCGUUAGAUUGAUAGUAUCCCACAAUCCUUUGCUGCGUCUGCGAACACCACACGUCAACCUGGAACAAUUUUUUACAAUGAGUACAAAAACAGACCUGUCAUUUCUGGCUAAGAAUGAACUGUGUCUCACCUGUGUAAGGGCCAGUUGGGUAACAGGUGCCAAGGACAGGUGAGAGUGCAGCAGAGGCACGCAGUCAGUCACGCAAACGGCGCCCCCUGUUGAAGUGGAGGACAACAGCAGCCCGUUGACGCUGCAGCGGGGGAAUAGGCAAGCGUGCAGGUACAUUUUGACGUACGCACGGCACGACAGUUCCACCUCGCCCAUGACGACGCGAGCACUGACAGUCGGUUUUUAAAUAGUUCACUGCUCCUAACGUAGAUGGACGUCGAGGCUAUAAGCUCCCCAAAAACGGCUGACCGUUUGCUACGUUAGAAUGUAUUAGAAUUAGCAUCUAUGCUAAACUCAACAGAUGAUGCAGGCUUUCGUCGAGUGAAUAUAAAUUUACAGGAGACUGAAAAAAAACGUCAGCCUUGCCUGGAAAAGUCAACUGCUUUCCGAAACGCUCUGUUAUCUUCGAUAUCUGAACCAAGAGCGAAAAAGCUAUCGAGUCUUUAUUGACAGCUACUACAUUCAACUGAGUGGCACUGGCUAAUGCUAAAGGUUCGUCUCGUUGCCAAGUGAAGUCAUUGGCCAACGGAUUCGUUUCCUCUUAUCUGAUUGGAGGAGAAUGACAGUCGUAUGUGUUUUUUUUCCGGGUUGACUGGUCUUUCACAUUUCACUGGCUAAGGUCAUGAUGUCUUCUCACCUGAUUGGAGGUAAUGAUUGGCAAUCAAUUUUCUUUUUGUGAAAAGCGGCUAUAAUUAAACGACAACGUAAAAGUUAGAUAUGAUGUAACAUUAAACAUGCAAUUGUUAUGUUCGAUAGAGAAAUGUUCCAAAGGGGAAUUAAGUUCCUUUUGUGACUCAAUAUAUACAGGACUACAUUUCCCGAGUCCAACGUCUUUAUGUAAAUCCUACUUAACCUCCGCAAGCAGAUUUUCAAAAUAAGAUCGUGUUCAUUUUAUUCCAACGCUCCCGUGCGCAGCCGAUGGAUGUUAGCAGCAAGCGCAACCUUUAUUUUGAAAUCGGGGUUAUUACCCGGCGUUUGGGGGCCGCCUCCACCAACCUGAGACCCGGGGAGGGAACUCGAGACCCGGGCGGGGAGGGUGUUCGCGAGCGCGCCGGGGCUCCAGGCCGGUAUACAGCCGAGCGAUGAAGCUCCGUUACGCCGGAGCCGUGCUGCUGUCGGCGGCCGCCUACUACGUGUACUUGCCGCUGCCGGCCGGAGUGAGCGAGCCGUGGAAGCUGAUGCUGCUUGACGCCCUCUUCCGGGGAUUCAUGCGUGCGGGCGACGCAGCCCAGGCGCUAGGCGUGUGUCACCGGGCGCACCUGCUCAACAAGGUGGUGUCGUGGGUGGAGACUAUCGAGGCCCGAUCUAGCGCAACCGUGCAGGUUAGCGACGGGGAGCUAGGGGGCGUCCCUGCUAGGAUCUUCCAGUCCAGAGGGGACCGGAAACCCAAGAGGGGUGUCGUCUACUUCCAUGGUGGGGGUUGGUCCCUCGGCACUGGACGAAUGCGAUCGUAUGACCUUUUGUGCCGCAAGAUGGCGGAGGAUUUAGACGCUGUUGUCAUAUCUGUUGACUACCGUCUGGCUCCAGAGGCGUUGUUCCCGGAUCAGUACCACGACGCGCUGGCGGCGUCGCGGGCGUUUUUGUCCGAGGAUGUUGCGGAGCGUUACGGGUUGGAUCGGGAUCGCCUAUGCGUGUCGGGAGAUAGCUCAGGGGGGAACCUGGCGGCGGCCGUAGCGCAGGAGCUGGGCUCCGACGCCAACCUGACGGCUCGCUUCAAGGCCCAAGCGUUGAUCUACCCAGUUCUGCAAGCUCUCGACUUCCACACGCCGUCUUACCAGCAGAACCAGGCGGUGCCCAUCCUCUUCCGACCUGUCAUGGCCCAAUUCUGGCUGCUUUACCUUGGUGCUGACCCAUCUCUGGAGUUGGCGCUUUUAGCUAACAACCAAAGCGCGUUGGACCAAGCCGCCUACAGCGCGGCCGCGCGAUCCCGACUAAAUUGGACUGCCCUUCUGCCGGCCGAACGCAAGAAGAACUUUCGGCCGGCGGUGGUGAAAACGGGCAUGCUGGGUCUGCUGGAACGGGCGCCGGCGCUGCUGGACGUCAGGGCUGCGCCUCUGCUCGCCGAGCCGGACGUUUUGGCAAAGACUCCUGAAGCUUAUGUACUGACGUGCGAGUUCGACGUGCUGCGAGACGACGGACUGAUGUAUGCGCAAAGGCUGCGCGAUGUAGGCGUCCGGGUCACUUCUGACCACUACGAGGAUGGUUUCCACGGGUGCUUAUCUUUUGCGUACUUACCCGUCAUGUCCAGCGUGGGCCGCCGUGCCAUCGACAAUUACAUCAGAUGGCUGGACCGGACUCUCUGAGGAAAGUGUUAUGACCUUUGACCUGUUCACCACAACGUUGUCGCACAUAUUUCCAGGUGGCUAAAAUUUAAGCGGUCUCUUACACUGUAUUUUAAUUGUCCAAGUUUGCAGUUCCACUGUAUUAUUUUUUUGUUAUUUACGUUUUACUACUGUACAUUCCGUUCAUUUAUGUCGGGUGCAGUUCCAUGAUUGACCACUAAGUGGCGGCAGAGGAUUUACACUUACACUGAAUUUAAUUUAAAAAAGAAAACUACCAAUAGUUUACCGUAGUUUUUAUUUUUAAUAUCUUAAUCUGCUUCAAUCCUGAUUUUUACAGCAACCCAAAACAUUGUAUGUUGUUUUAUUCUAUAGUGAACAUUUUUAGACGUUAAUAUUAUGUAUAUUGUCAGGUGUUUAGAGAAACGGGUUUUUUGUUUCAUCUGUUAGCUUAAUUUGUUUGUUUUGCUAACGGCUCGUAAAUGUUAAACCUGUGUUUUUACACCACAGCAGAAUAGAAAAUACAUUUUGGGGCAUAAUUAUUUAUUAUAUUUAUACAUGAUAAGAUAGUUUUAAGGAUGACUUCUUUAAUAAUGUAGAACUGUUAACGCUUCAUAGUUUUUUGCUAACAUUAAUUGAAUGUCACAAUCCACUUCAAACCUGCUGUUUUUACACCAAAAGUAAGUAGUACUAUAAUCAUAUUUAAAUCAUAUAAAUAUAAUAUUUAUAAACAUAUUUUUAUAUCAGCAGGAAAUCUGGCUUUGUGUCAUCAGUUCCCCAUAUUUUUUGUUGAAGAUUACAGACAAUCACAACUAUCUACAAUGCUCCUUUUCAACGUUCCAGAAAGCAACUAUGGUAGGUUAUUUUAUAACGUACUUUUUUGGGGAACGAUAUUCGAUAUUUUAAGAUAAUAAGUUCGUCAAAGGGAUCCACGGAUAGAAAGUCUUGUAGUUCUUAAAAGAUAAAUGUUAUUAUGAGUUAAAAUAAUGCUGUCUAUGCUAGCCAAUAAGUGUUCGCUUAUUAGUGCUUUAAUCCAAUCAAAAAACUAAAUUAAAACUCAGUCAUUUAAAAUGUUCGUUUAUUCGCUCCCAACCCUCCCACUUCAAUUGGACUGGACUAGGGCUGCAGCUAUUGAUUAUUUUAAGUAGUCGAUUAAUCGAUGAACUAAUUAGUUCAAAUAAUCGAGUAAUCGGAUAAGGAACAUAAAAAAUUAAAAUACCUGAGCUUAACCUCAAACAGUAUAAAAAAAUAAAUACCAUAAAUGAGGCUCUAUGUACAACAAAAGAACAAUUGGCAAACUUACAUAGCAAAAGUCCGCUAGCUUAAAUGCUGUAAAAUGCUAACUUUUUUUUUUUUUUACAGUGCUCUUAACAAAUGGUUCACACCCAUAUUCCCACGAAAAAAACGGCUAAAUAUACCUAUAAAUUACGAAUGCAUAAAAAAACUGGCUCAAACAAAAACUUAGCCUUUGUUGGUCUGAACAGGGAGCAGCUGGAUUAAGCCGUGUGAAAUGAGGCAGACUAGAGGGCAGUGUAUCCACCCAAAUCAAUAAAUCUAAAUGCAAACACUUUCAAAACAAACCAUUACAACGCCACUUUAAUUAAACGAAUACUCGAAGCAGCAAAAUUUAAUUUGAAUCUUUUUUUCCUAAUCGAAUACUCAAGUUAAUCGAUUAAUCGUUGCAGCACUAGACUGGCCCUCUACGAGUAACAUUUAGAUGAACAAAAUCAUGUAAAAAGUGAUGAGUUCCUUUUUCAAGUGCGUGAUUUGGCCUGAGAAUUUUUUUCCCUUAUAAUUAAUUAAAGGUUUUUAUAAAAAUUUAUAAUUAUUUAUGGAAUUUUAUCAUUUUAAUUUCUUUUUGGUUUUUCGGGAAUUUUAUGUGUUUUUGUUUUUUGAAUGUCUUAGAAUUUUAGAUAAGAAUUAAAGAAUAUAUUUUGAUAAAAUUGUAAUUUAAAAAGUCAUGAAUAUUUCAAGGGAACCACAGAUAGAGACGUGUAGUUCUUAAAAGAUAAAAGUUAUUAUGAGUUAAAAUAAUUUGGUAUUGAAACCCCUCCUGAUGUUUUCGUUUUUAUACAAUUUAUAAAAUUAGUUCAACUAGUAGGUCGCCAUUGUUUUUAACGUCACAGGGCGGUGACGUCACAUGACAACGCUGCCAGGCUUCCAGAGUAUGAUUCUAGCGACAUAAACGUCAUCUGUUCAACCCUUUCAAUUUGAACCCGAACAGAGGUAGGUAGAGUAGCCAAAAAUUUUUACUCAAGUAAGAGUAGUGUGACUUCAAAAUAAUAUCAAUCAAGUAAGAGUAAAAGUGGUCAUCUAAAAAAUGUACUCAAGUAAAAAAAGUAUUUGGUGAAAAGAAUACUCAAGUAAUGAGUAACAUUGUGACUAACUUCUUACAAUGUCAGAUUUUAAAAAAGUAAUUGUAGAUUUUUUAUAUAACCAGUUACAUAACCACAUUAAGCCAAAGAAAUUCAAAAAACAAAACACUGAAUUCUGGCACGAGAAAAAAAAUCUGCAGAACUGAAGCAUAAUUCGUCCAAAGAGCAUGAGUGCCCGCUAAUGGAGAAAAUACAUCCUAGUUUGAAAAGCGAAUUGUUCCUUCAUAGUUCCUAUUAUGAAAUUAAAAGUAUCAUACCUCCGGCGUGAACAUAGAACGGCAAGCUUGAGUCUGAUUGGUAUAAUGGAGUCAUGUGAUUAUUGUUGCAACGUCUCAUUGAUGGUAGAACUACUGUUGGCAUGGCUGGGGAAAAAAAGUAAAAUCUAAGGUUUGGAAUAAAGACAAAACAACUAAUGUAGCCAAAGUAGCGAGUAAAGGCUGAGUUAUGCUUCUGCGACAGACCUGCGCCGUCAAGGAACACCCGAUUAAGAUCAUCCGCCUCAGUUCCUUCACAAUUUUCUGACUUUGCGUCGCGUCAACGCAUGGUGACGUGACGGAAAUGGACUGUGAUUGGUCUGCUCAGACUUGUUCCCGGUUCAGCGUGAAAUCACCUCAAUUUUCAAACAUUGUUUUGCUACACGCAAAAAUGGACCAAGCCGACGGGAGUAUCAUCAAAGAGCAAGUAUGAUAACUUCUACAAUGUCUUGUCAAGACAUUAUAAAGAUUGCCAAAUGGCAAGGUCAGCGAUUGCAUAAAAAAAUGGAAGAACUACUGAGACAAGUAUGUGUGUGUUCGGAAGCGAAUGGCCACCCAAAGUGGUGACUCAGCCGCCCAAAAACUGCCAGCUUUUUAUCACUUUGUCAUAUUUUUUGUUGGUGCACUUCAUCAUUUAUUGUGUACAUGUGUUUGCUGUGAGUCUGUGACUUGUUUACAUUUGACACUUCAAGUAUAUGAGGAAUAAAGCACAGG